AUGGCGGCUUUAGUGAGAUGCAGAGUGCUGCAUUCAGCCUUUCAAGCGAGCGUUACUAGCGGCGUGCGCAGAUCGGACAAUGUUCUGCGUGCGUUUCCACCCAAGAGAGCGCAUUGUGCGCGUCAGGCGUGCAGCGUAGGUGUGCGACUGUCCAGCUCCGACGUUAAGUCUGGAGAUGAUCAUGUUAGAUACCUGGACGGUGAUGACUCGGGGAUUGUUGUUUUGGGGAUUAAUCGCCCUCAAUCUAAAAAUGCCAUCAGCAAAAAUCUUGUUACGAUGAUGUCAGAAGCUGUAGAGUCAUUGAAGAAGGACAACAAAGUGCGCACUGUAAUUUUAUGCAGUAUGGUGCCUGGAAUAUUCUGCGCAGGCGCAGACUUAAAAGAAAGAGCACAGAUGCAGCAGAGUGAAGUAGGACCAUUUGUUACUAAAGCAAGAACACUAAUUACAGAACUUGGUGCUCUUCCCAUGCCAACGAUUGCAGCCAUUGAUGGGGCGGCUCUUGGAGGAGGUCUUGAAAUGGCUCUUGCCUGUGACAUCAGAGUGGCAGCCAGCUCUGCUAAAAUGGGACUAGUUGAGACUAAAUUAGCCAUCAUCCCAGACGCUGGGGGAACGCAGCUUCUGCCACGAACUGUAGGAGUGUCCGUAGCUAAAGAGCUGAUAUUUGUGGCUCGGGUGCUGAGCGGUGACGAAGCCAAGAGUCUCGGCCUGGUGAAUCACGCUGUGGAGCAGAAUAAGACUGGAGAUGCGGCGUAUCUGCGAGCUCUGGAUCUGGCCCGUGAAAUCAUCCCUCAGGGGCCAAUAGCUAUUAGAAUAGCCAAGUUAGCAAUCAACCAGGGAAUAGAGGUGGAUUUGAAGACCGGAUUAGCCGUUGAAGAGGCAUGCUAUGCUCAGGUGAUCCCAACCAAAGACAGGCUGGAAGGUUUGCUGGCGUUCAAAGAGAAACGUCCUCCUCACUAUAACGGCGAGUAA